AUGCCUAACCAUCGCCUCCCCCGACGGGCAUUACUAGCUGAUAUAGGUGCAGGUUGGAAAAGACUGACCAUAUGCCUGGUCAAAGCUAGGCUGGGUUUAUGUUGGUCUUCCUUAAUGGUCGAUAAUUGGGAAGCAGAUUCACUGGUUGUUGAGCGAAUAAAGCAGAAACUUAUGCUGGAGAGAUUACAAGUUGAAAAUCCUGGGUUGGAUUUCAGUUCAGCCGAAAUAUCUGGGAACAAUGUGGAUAAAACUCUGCUUUACAGAACAUUUCUUCCAGCUUGUGAGUAUGAAAAAUCAAAGUGUAUUCUAUCCAAGGAAGCACGCAGUUAUUAUGAAUCACUUACUCAAUGUGUAGAUAAAAAAUCAGAUUCAUCACUGUCUGUUUCAACCUCGCGUGAAUGUACUGUUUGUGGCGUUGAUUUUGAUGAUUAUGAAAAACACGUGUCAUCUAUUGGCCAUCAGGUGGCAGAAAUGCAUGGUUACCAAAUUUUAACUAGAAUCGGUUGGAGGGAUGCUGCUUUUAAUGUAGACGAGGAGUUAAGUAUUUCAAUGACAUCAACCAAUGCUUCUUUGGCGUCUACAUCACAAUCUUGUUCUAAAGGCAGUGGUCUUAAUGCUGCUAGAGAAGGUCGGCGUUUUCCCAUCGCAACUGUUCUUAAACGAGAUCGUUUGGGAUUUGGUUGGUCCAACAGUACUAAUACUGCGAAAAUCACCCAUUUCAGCUCUGGUGAUAUUAGAGCGAUUCAAAAUUUACGAAAUCCUAAACUUUCUUCUGUUAAAAAAGAUACCAAAUAUUUAGUCCGAAAAAUGAAUCGAGAGAAAAAUAUGGAACGUACUAUAAGACAAGAGUUCAACUUAACUGAAGAACAGUUAUCUAUACUUCAUGGAAAUGAAAUUUCACUCCACUAG